AUGCCCAAUGGGGUAGACUUAGACUCUUUUUUAGAUGAUUUAAGUGAUGGAGAAUUUGAAAAAUUGCUGGAGCCCGAAGUGAACAGGCAACAGAUCACACAUGUCGAUGUAAGACGAGAGCCAGCCCAAAAGACUUUGGAUGGCGCAAUUGCCGUCGGUCAGAACGGUACCACAUACAAAGAAAUCAGACACAAGGUCACAUUUAAAAAGACACACCACAAACUGUGCACUCCCAAUCUGGAAACCUAUAUCUAUCCCACCAAUUUGGAAGUUCGUGAGUAUCAGUUCAGCAUUGUCAAGACUGCUCUUUUUAAAAACACAUUAGUAUCUCUUCCCACUGGUUUGGGUAAGACUUUGAUUGCAAGCACUGUGAUGCUAAAUUUUUAUCGUUGGUCUGAAACUGCAAAAAUUAUAUUCAUGGCGCCAACCAGACCCUUGGUAGCCCAACAGAUCAGAGCCUGUUACACCAUCACUGGUAUUCCACCCCAGGAUACUGCUAUUUUGCUGGAUAAAACAAGACGUAGCAGAGAGGAAAUCUGGGACUCGAAAAGAGUGUUUUUCACUACACCUCAGGUGGUUGAGAAUGAUUUGACAAAUGGUCUGUUGAACCCCAAAGAUAUUAUCUGUUUGGUCAUAGAUGAAGCUCAUAGAGCCAAGAAGCGAUAUGCUUACAACAAUGUAGCACAAUAUAUCAAAAGAUUUAACACAUCCUUUAGGUUGUUGGCGUUGACCGCAACUCCAUCUGCGGAUGUCGAAGGAGUUCAAGAGAUUGUGGAUAAUCUGAUGAUCUCCUCCAUCGAAAUUAGAACAGAUGAAAGUCUGGACAUUAAGAAAUACAUAAAAAACAGAACACUGGAAAAAGUCCAAUGUGACCCCAAUGAGCGCAUGACAGCAUACACUGAAUUAAUAUGUGAAGCAAUAGCGCCCAUCUAUGAACAAUGCGUCAAAUACCAGAUCUUUGAACCAAUGGGUGUUGCCAAAAUCAAUGCAUUUCAAGCCAGGGAAGCAUCACAGAAAGUUCAAGGGAAUCCGAGGCUACCAGAGGGAACCAAAUGGAUGUACUUCUUUCUCUUACAGCUACUGAUUACAGCUGGCGAAUCUUUUCGAAGAUUAAGUGUAUAUGGUGUUGUGGCAUUCUAUUCAUAUUUCAAAGAAAAGUACGACGAGUUUACGACAAAGUGGGAAGCGAAGAAAUCAAAAAACAAGCAUGCACAUAGCUUCUAUUAUCAUCCUGCUAUCAAGCAGCUUUUAAGAGAAGUCGAAACCCAGAUAAGGCAGGAUAAAAUUGCCUCUACUCACAACCCGGAUAUUACUGAGGGGGCGUUUAGUCACCCUAAACUUCCAGUUAUGCUGGAACAAUUGAGAGAUUUUUUCAGUGUAAAAGAGAAUCUUCUGAAUUCUAAAGUUAUUAUCUUUACAGAGUUUAGAGAGUCGGCAUUAGAAAUUGUGAAAGUGAUUGAGAGUGAUAACAAAAGGUAUCCACAGCCACUUUUUAAGCCUCAUAUUUUCAUUGGACAGGCAAAAGAGCGCAAUAAAUUUGAUGAGCAGGAGUAUAAGGCCAAGCAUUCCCGACGGAAGGUCAAGAAAAAGACUGCUGAAGAAAAAGACUCCAACAUGGAGGAAGUGACAGGACAAAAAGGCUCAGAGACAGUCAAGAUAGAUACAAGGAAUCGAAUAGAAAGUUCCAAACUAGCCCACCUGAAAGGAAUGAACCAGAAAGCUCAGAAGGAUUUAAUCGAUAAGUUUCGUGGUGAUGAACUGAACAUACUUGUUGCCACUUCUAUUGGCGAGGAAGGUUUAGAUAUUGGAGAAGUCGACUUUAUCAUUUGUUUUGAUACAACCAACAGUCCAAUCAAAAAUAUCCAGAGAAUGGGUAGAACUGGCAGAAAGCGGACAGGAAAGGUUCUUAUCCUGUGCUCUAAUAAUGAAGAGGCUAAGUUUAACAAGGCAAUGGAUAAUUACGCUUGGAUUCAGAAACAAAUCAGUGACGGCGAUGUCAUUAAUUACCACAAAUCUGACCGAAUACUUCCACCGGAUUUAGAACCAAGGGUGAGGAAAACACUCAUUGAAAUUCCUGAAGAUACCAUCGAGCUUCGUGACAUUGAGGACAAUGAGAAAUUGUUGAAAGUUGCAACAGAAUUGUCCAAGAGUAAAAAGAAAGCUUCAUCCAGAGCAAACAGUAAACGACAAGCUACUAUCAUGGAGCUUCAACUAAAUCCCAAAAAGAAAUCAAAGACGUUCUUACUACCCGAUGGAGUCAACACUGGGUUUCAGAAAGCUACGGAUCUAGUAGAGAAAGUGAAUAGCAAUGGUGAGAAAGAGAAAAACUUUUUGGAUUAUAGUGAUGAAGAUGAUAUUGAUAUCUUGGGUAUGCUGGCCAGUUCCAAUAGUAAAAAAGAUAAGAUGUCUUUCGCUAUUGAUCUGAGUGAAGAGAACGAAAAUACUGUACUUGCCAGCAGCACUCAAAAGAGUUUGGUAUCAGGUCGCCCAAGGCCCAGAAGUCCGAUAUUGAUAUCCGAAGAUGAUGAAAUUUUUGAAGAGAGACCAUCCAAACCUGGUAAGGAGAGCACAGGUACAGUGUCGGGAUCAAUUCCCAAAGAGUUUUCUCCUCAAAGCUCUUCUAAUUCUAAUUUUGUUGGGAUAGAAGAUCAACUGCGGAACUGGCCAAGAGUUGACCCAAUAUUUAAAAAUAAAUUUGAUUCCCAGGAAGGAUUUUUAACCGAAAAGGAGACCAAAGACCUAUUCGAAAAAUACUACACUAAUGAGCAAUUGCCAGCAAUAGCAGAUGAUCCCAGGCUAGAUGCUCUUACAGGAGGGCAUACUGGUCGUAUAUGCCACAGUAACAAAAUGCAUCGAUACAUUGAGUUAGUUCAAAUAAUGAAAGAUAAGCAAAAGAGUGAUAUGCUAGUGGAACAUUAUAGAGUUUGCCUCACAAAAGAAGAACAGUCAAAACUGAAUGACAAUUACUUAUUUACAGAUAAAGUCAUUUUUGAUGAUCAAAAAUAG